AUGUGUGCUAAUGAGGCUGCAGUAAUGGGCACUGAUAGGCUGCACUGAUGGGCACUUAUAGGUGGCACUGAUGGGCACUGGAGUGUCCCGGGGCGGACUGACAACUCAUGGGGCCCCUGGGCAAUAGGGGAUCAUGGGGCCCCUGUGUCCUCGCCCACACCCAAAAAAGCCUAUGAAAAAGCCAAUAAAAGGUACCAGGGGCAUUUCAUGGGGCCCCCUACUGACCCUGGGCCCCCGGGCAGUGCCCGAGUGCUUGAAUGGUCAGUCCGUCCCUGGGGUG